AGGGGGGGAGAGGGCGAAGGUGUUUGCUUUUCUGCAGUGACUCCUGGAAGUCUCCUGACAGUGAGAUCAAGGUGCCUUUUUCAGCUCAUCUUUCCAGAUGUUAAGCUUUCUCUGACUCUUCAGUUUCUCGUAGUUGAAAAAAAUUUUUAUUUUUUCAAAUGGCAACAUUAAUUCACACUUUAGCAGAUCAUAGUGAUGACGUCAAUUACUGUGCCUUCUCAUCAUCGUGCUUGGCUACUUGUUCCUUGGACAAAACAAUUCGUGUUUAUUCUUUGAGCGACUUCGCCGAGCUGCCGUACUCGCCUUUGGAAGGCCACACGUACGCCGUGCACUGCUGCUGCUUCUCGCCGUCGGGCCUCGUGCUGGCCUCGUGCUCCACGGACGGCACCUCGGCGCUCUGGGACGCGCGCGACGGCCGCAGGCUGGCCGUGCUGGAGCAGCCCGGCGCCAGCCCCGUCAGGGUCUGCCGCUUCUCUCCCGGGGCCGCCCACCUGCUGGCAGGGGCAGCCGAUGGCAGCGUGGUGCUUUGGAACGUGCAGUCCAUGAAACUGUACCGAUCUGGGAAAGUUAAAGGUGGUUCUUUGAUGGCUUGUGCGUUUUCUCCCAAUGGAAACUUCUUUGUCACUGGAUCAUCAAGUGGUGAUUUAACCAUUUGGGAUGAUAAAAUGAGAUGCCUGUAUAAUGAAAAAGCACAUGAUCUUGGCGUGACCUGCUGUGAUAUUUCUUCACAUCCAGUAUCUGAUAGUGAAAAUGGAUUCAAAUACUUCCAGAUGGCUUCCUGUGGACAAGAUAAUCAUAUCAAACUCUGGCUUAUUUUGUUUGCAGAUUUCUUAGGUGUUCAGUUAAAAUAUAAAUGCACACUGAAUGGGCACUCUGCCCCAGUUCUGGCUUGUGCAUUUUCAUGUGAUGGACAGAUGAUAGUCUCUGGGUCUGUGGACAAGUGCGUCAUAAUCUAUGAAACUAGUACUGGCACUACCCUUCAUACUUUGUCUCGGCAUACAAGAUAUGUUACAACUUGUGCUUUUGCACCACAUAGUCCCUUACUUGCCACAGGCUCAAUGGAUAAAACUGUGCACAUAUGGCAGCUUGACCUUAAGCAACCCUGUGCAGGACGUACUGUAGAAAAUGAAUCAAAGGUGGCUGUUGAGGACUGGUCAGAGGAUGAUGUUUCAGCCUGGCUCUGUGCACAGGAUUUAGCAAACUUCGUUGAACUUUUCAAAAUUAAUAAUAUUGAUGGCAAGGAACUACUGAAUCUUACUAAGGAAAGUCUUGCUAAGGAAUUAAAAAUUGAGUCUCUAGGCCUGCGCAGUAAAGUUCUCCAGAAAAUUGAAGAACUGAAGAUGACAACAAUCUCGGUUUCUGUUCCUGAUGAGUUCCUAUGUCCUAUAACAAGAGAGCUUAUGAACGAUCCUGUCAUUGCCACAGGAUCAGCUGGUUCAGCUACCAACUCUAAGAGCCGAAGUCCUGAACCUGGGCAGGUGGUGAAGACUGUACAGGGCUGGGUCAGCCAGGUGGACAAGCCCCCUGUCCAGUAAAGCAGCAGGCUUUAGCUGUGUUAAACAAUUGAUAGUAAUGAGCUUUCACUUCACAUUAUGGAUCAUUCAAACUGAAAAGAAAGUCUUAUUUAACUUGUGCAUAAUAUAAUUUGGUGCUUUGCAGGCAGGAUAGAUACAUGAAACUAGCCAGAACUGUUUAUAUCCACAGUAAAGAUUUCACAUACAGUGUACUUAUUCUAGAUCUCAAUUUUCCUGUUUGGAUGUAUUUCCUUACUUCCCUUUCACAUUUAAACAGCUAACAUCUGCACAGUGCCACAGUGCCCAAGCCUCUGUAAUAUGAGCUUUUGUUGAUGGUGUCUUUGCAGAUGGCUAUUCCUAUGAAAGGGAAGCAAUGGAAAACUGGAUCAGCAGUAGACGAUCUAGUCCCAUGACGAAUCUUCCUCUCCACUCUCUUAUGCUCACACCAAACAGAACACUAAAAAUGGCCAUUAAUCGCUGGCUAGAGACUCAGCAGAAAUAGUUAAACCACUUAAUUUUGAAGUUGUUUGUUAAAAUUAAUUGAAAUUUUAUGCAGCUGGAGGAAUUAAUUGUAUCAGAAACACAUGGAAAGAAAAACUUGUGCUUCUCUUCUAUCUGUGGCUGGUUCAGCCUUCACUGGUGGAAACUCCCAGAACAACUUUAAUUUCCUAGUAGUUUUACUUUGUGGUAUUUCUGUUUAAGAGUCAAGUACUCAAAGUUUUUCAAAUAAAAUUUUCUUAAAAUUUUUACU